AUGAAUGAUAGUAACAAAAAAGUAGGUUACGGGGGUAAGAGCAGGUUUGGUGAUGGCAAUAGUCGUGUACUUUUAGCUUUACAAGGCGGUGCACAUGGAAUUACUAAACCAGAAAGCGAAUUAUCUCGUCCGAAAAAUACAACUUUUUCAUACUCAGGCCAGACUUUCAUUACUCCCGCAAAACCACAAUCCGUUUCAAAAUCUACAAAAAAUUCUGAUGCAAAUACACAAGCACAGUCACUAUUUCCAAAAUUAAAGAAUAAUGCACCACAAAAAAUCGAAAAGGAAUCUUUUAUUCUCGAUGUUUUACCUCCAAUUCCACUUGCAAAUACUCCUGAGUCAUCUGACAGUAGCAAAAAGAGCUCCUCGGGAAGAUUUUUAUCACCAACAAAUGAAGAGAUGGAAACAUAUACUCUACCAUCUGGAUUUGAAGUUAGUCAAAAAUCUCCACCAUCCCCCAAGAUAAAGAAAUUUGAUCCUUUCCAACCAAUCGAAAUGAGCGAUAAUACGCCAAAUAUUGACGAGCACUUCCAACAAGUAAGACUUACAGCUGCUAAAACAACAUUAUCUACUCCUCUUCACUCAGCAAAUUCAAAUUUUGUUCUUGAUGAGUCAUCAAGUCAUUAUUCAGAGGAAGAUCAAUAUAGUAUCCAAUCAAGUAUGGAGGAUAACUAUAUUCCACCACCUCCACCGAAUUACGGACCUAUCAAGCCAAAGAGAGGCCCUGACGGCAGAGUUACAAUUCCAUUGGCUCUUCAAUACGUUCCUCCACAGAUUCCAGAUGAUGAUAACAUUAGUAAAGUUCCUCCAAGGCUUCUUGAGCUUCUACAUUGCAAAACAAACUCAGUUCAGUUUUUAGUUUUAUCUGGCGUUCCUGUUGAUGGAUACAGGCCAAAGUUAAUCAAGAAAGCAAUAUCAGAUUUACAAGAACUCCUUGAAAUCUGCAUAAAGAAAGGUUAUGCCGCUGAAGCAAAAUUUGUUGAUGAUGCAAUCAAAAACGCCAAAGCAGAUUUGAAUGAAAGAUUAGCAACAGCUGAUGUUUCAGAAGUAUUUGAUGUAGAAGACCAGAUUUCCGAAGUCCAAACAGAGAUGGAACAGAAGAAACACGCUUUCGAAUCUCAUUUAGCGAGAAUGGAUGCAGAAGCAGCUUUGCAGAAGAAGGAAUUGCAACUAAAACUUGAUGACGACUUAGAUGCAAUCGAUUCUGAAUGGACAUCCCCUUCAAAGUCCAAGAAAUUCUCGAGAGUUUCAGCAAAACUUCAAAACAUGAGAAAAGAAGCAAUGACUCUUUUGAACGCCAAAAGAUACGAAGAAGCGGAAAGAGUCAAUCAAAUAGCUGACAAACUUGCAGAAGAAGAGGCAUUACAAGCCCAAGAAGCAAUGAAAGCACAAUACAUGAAAUGCCUGAAGAAGAGACAAGAACAAUACGAGAGCGAAAUAAUGAAUAUAGACAUGGCUUUCGAACGAAAGAAAUUGACAAUGAUAAAGGAUUACAAAGCAGUACAAAAUGCUUUAAACAAGAGAAUGGAUAAGCUCCAGACAAAGAAAGAAUCUAUUACGGCACCAACAAGAACUAUGAAUAGUAGAAAAUCUUCAAAGAUUGCAAAUAAUGAUCAGACUUUGUUUGAACCAUCAAUGCAAUCAUUCAAAGAUAUAAAUAUUAGUCCAACAAGAGGGUUAGCUAUCAAACCCCUCUCAAAAAUAAGAAGAACAACAAUUACAAGGAGGAAUUACGAUCAAUAA